CUUUGCAAUUCAUAACGGCUUUUUGUCUUGUUUACAAUUUAUAUGCGUGCUGUUCAGUUGAAAUAUAGUGAUUUGUUUCUAAUAAACAUACUCAUAUACGUUUUUAGUUAAAAUAAUAUAUUGAAAUGAUAGAGGAUUCAUAAGUAAUAUCAAUGUGUUCUUUAGGUUUUUUCACAUGGAUGGUCCGGUAUCCACAAACGAGAAAACUUGUUCACAAUAUUUGAUACUGCUUGGUUUCGUCGUGUGUUUUCAUAUUAUAAUAUUGUUUGUUUUUCGCAGACGAUAUUUAACUUUUGCCGCUCAAUGAGCACGUACAAGACAACGUAAUUGUAGCCGACGCCGACAUACGUAAGUAAAUGUUUUAUUAGGUGCGUACCUCGGGAUAAUCUUUUAAUAUUGUUUCUUUGUUACAAAGGACAUUCGACAAUUACCUCUGUUAAAUGUAGCAGAUGACGAAAUUCGUAAGUUAAUGUCUCUGGUCAAUAUAGUAAAUAUGUUGAGUUAACCUAUUGUUAUAAUCUUCUCUGUUUUGUUAUAGAAGACCUUCUAGUAGCAGGGUUCGGUUAGUUAGCAGGCAGAUUUCCCGCGUGUUGUUACACCAGAUGUCGAUGCUGUACCCAAUUCUCCCAGUUUCUUGGAUAGUGAUCCAGGAAUAUUGAGCACAGCCAUAAAUAGGGCAUUGAUGUCCAAAACGCCCCAUAAAAAGACAGACAUCGACACAGCUCAUUCAGAUGAUGAUUGAUCGUUUAAUUAGCUGUUUUGGAAAUCGCUGACGUUUCCCUUUUUGUGUAUAUUUCAUCUGAAACUUUCAUAUUUCAAUAAAUUAAAACUUUGUUUCGUUAAGUAGAUAUUUUUUAUUCUUUAACACCUAAGUGUAGUUCAAUGGUAGUUGUUGGUUAUGUUGAAACUCGUACACUGUUAUUAAUAGUCUAACGUUAUGCUUUAGGUACGACAGUGAAGAACGAGGUCGAAAUCUCAAUGGCGCCCUCAACGAGCAAACACCGACCUUGCAUUGGUAUUAAUUACAGGAAUUUUGACCAAACUGUGGCAGACUGGAAAGACUGGAUUAAACUGACUGACGACUUAAGUGACUGCGACAUGGAUUUAGACGACGAGGUUUGCCCAUAUCCCCAAACUGCUGUCCCACGAAUUGCAUUGACAGAACCAGCGAUACACACCGACUUGACGUACCAAGAUAUUAUUGUUUUAGAGGCUGAAGACCAACUAAAUGAUCUUGCUAUGAGAGAAUUUGUACCUCAGGACUGUUAUGACUUUACUUGGACAAAGGACCGCAAUAUAUUUAACGGAAAACGGGAGACAUUUACCGGAACCCCAGGACCGACUGUGACUGUGACAGACCUGACACGUAUAACUGACAUAUUUUAUAAAAUGAUAGAUAAUGACUUCGUAGACACAAUUUGUAUUGAGACUAAUAGAUACGCCGAUCGAAAAAUUAAACUCCUAAAAGAUCUAGGCAAAUUUUUUCCAACUUCACGACUGUAUCGCUGGACACCAACUAAUCGGAAUGAGAUUUACAGUUUUUUCGCUUUGAUUAUUUUACAAGGUCUAUAUCCUCUCCCAGAAGAAGAGUCAUAUUUUUCAUUUAAUGGUUUCGGCACUAUGCCAUAUUUCCGUAGAAUUAUGUCCUACAACAGAUACUUACUAUUAAAAUCAUUGAUGCAUUUCGUUGACAAUAACGAUCUUAGAGAAAAUAUGACUAAGCUGUCCAAAAUUCAGCCAGUUAGAGAAUAUUUCAAUGACAAAUUUUCGACUUUAUACUAUCCUUCCCAGGAAAUAGUUAUAGACGAAUCACUUUUAAAGUGGCAUGGUAGGCUUGGAUUCGCACAAAAAAUUGCAUCUAAGGCUGCUCAAGUCGGCGUUAAGACGUAUGAGUUGUGUGAUUCUUCCACUGGCUACCUUUGGAAGUUUUUUGUCUCUACUGGAAAGGACGAGAACAAGGCUGUGACUACGGUGAUUGCGGAUGACACCAACGCUGACGACUUAGAGGGCAGACCUAAGAAACCUGAAAUGACUGACCAAAUAAGCGACCGACCAACCAAUGCUACCUCAAAAAUAGUUUACGACCUAGUAGAGCCUCUUCUUCACCGCGGGCAUACGUUGAUAAUGGACAAUUUCUGCAAUAGUCCAUUAUUAGCGCGAUAUCUAAAACGACAAAAGACCGACUGCUAUGGGACACUAAGACUGAAUCGGGAAUUUGUUCCGGAUUCAUUGAAGACUGUAACAAAAACAGACAUACGACAAGGUGAAGUAGUGUGUAGCUACACCCCCGAUUUGUCGAUAUGUGUAUGGCGCGAUGCUAACUUAGUUAGCCUAAUCUCGACAUAUCACCAUCUUCAAAUCGGAAAUCGACAAAAAUAUAACAGACUGACUUUUAAGCCAAGCGUUGUUCUAGAUUACAACAAGUCCAUGGGAGGUGUGGACAGGAAAGACCAAUACCUGUCUGCACAGCUUUUGGAACGUGUAAAAAACAAAAUUUGGUACAACUUUUCCUUCGCUUUUUUAAUACUGCUAUUUUCAACAGUUUUAUAAUUUAUAGAUCUUGUAACCCAAAAAUAUCACACAGACAAUUUAGAACAACCUUGGCUGAAGAUCUACUUAAAAUUCACAGC